UAUUCCGGUUAUAUUAAAAUCAAUCAAUUUACAAAUAUAUUUUUUUGGUUUUUUGAAUCAAGAAAAAAUCCUAAAGGUUCUCCAUUAACAUUAUGGUUAAAUGGAGGUCCAGGAUGUUCUUCAAUGGUGGGAUUAAUACAAGAAGUUGGUCCUUGUAGAACUAUAGCAGGAGGAACAGAUGUUGAAAUCCAUCCUGAAAGUUGGAUUGAAGUUUCUAAUAUGUUAUUUGUUGAUCAGUUGAUGCAGGAUUUUCAUUUGGAGAUAGAAUCGUAUCAACAACAGAACAAUCUUCAUUGAAUUUAUAUGAUUUUUUGCAAAAAUUCUUUGAAAAAUUUCCAGAAUAUUCAAAAAUGAAAUUUCAUAUUUUCGGUGAAUCAUUUGGAGGACAUUAUAUACCUUCCCUUGCGAAGUUGAUAAAUGAAAAUAAUCUUUUAAUUAAUUCGAAAAAUAUGAAAGCAAUCCCAAUUAACUUACAAUCUGUUGGAAUUGGAAAUAAUUGGAUUGAUCCCAAAACUAUAUAUGCAUCUUAUCCAGAUUUCGUAGAAUCAAAUACUUAUGGUCCUGCGCUAAAUUCAAGUGAAAUUGCGGUAAUGCGAUCAGAAUUACCCGGAUGUGAACAAUUAAUUGACAAUUGUUAUGCAACAGGAGAGGCACUUGAUUGCAUUGCGGCAGAAGAAACUUGUAUGAAUAUUUCUUCUCACUAUAUAGAUUCCGGAUUAAGCGUUUAUGAUGUUAGAACUACAGCUGACUUACCACUUGAUUAUCAGGUUUAUUUUGCCAAACCUGAAGUAAUGUCAGCUAUUGGAGCGCAAAAAUCUUUUACUAAUUGUUCGUUAAAUGUUUAUGCAAGUUUUUAUUUACAAGGCGACAUGAUUCAAAGUCAUAAGACAGAUGUUGAAUAUCUUCUUAAUAGAGGAUUCCCUGUGUUAAUAUAUAACGGUGAUGCUGAUUUUAUCUGUAACUGGUUCAGCGGAAUGACAUUAGUAAAAUCAUUAAUAUGGACUUAUCAAUCAGAAUUUAAUAAUUCUUCAAUGAAAAAAUGGAUAGUUGGUAAUAAUUUUGGCGGGGAAACCAUGUCUUAUGAUAAAUUAACAUUUGUUAGAGUUUAUGAAGCAGGACAUGAAGUUCCUUUAUAUCAACCUACAAAUUCUUUAGAUAUGUUUACCAAGUGGAUUAAUAAUGAAGCUUUAACUACAGAAUCAGAAAGUAAAAAGAGGGGAAUAAAUAAAAGGAAAAUAUGACAAAAGAAUUAGUUAAUGUAUUUUUUUU